UUGUAUGCAAAGUUUCUGUCAUCUAAAAUAAGAAUGUAUUCUUUUAUUGUUGGUUAUAAAACAAACGCUGAGCACACGAUCCAUAAAAUUUUUGCAAUCAACUCCUAUAAUGGAAUUUAGUUGUUAAAAAAAAGUGGGUGUUGGUGUUUCUCGUUCAGCUGGCAGUAUGUAAACCAUCAUUUAAUUGCAUCUUGUGUUUAAAUAAGUUAUAUAGUCAACCAUAUCGCAGUAAUUUGAAUAUGGGAAGAAUAAUCUCCCUGAGGCAAUGUGGUAUGAAACCAAACCAACUUGUCGCUGAUUCCUACUAAACCAAUAGCUUUAGAUUCAGCAGGAGUGCUGGUAAUAAUGUGCGUGUGCAGAAUGCAUUGUAUCGUACGAACAUUUGGUUAGGUUUCAGGAUAACCUGUUUCCAAUGAUUGAUGCACAAUUGGCACUGGUGUGGAGGAAUCAUUUGCAAAUUUCAUUCUGGUUUGUGUAUUCAACCCUCGCGUAGUCAAUCUAAUGGUGGGAGGACGGAGUAACCAAUUUGCCUAGUGUGUGCACAUAUUUAGUUAAGUCAUAAGUGUUCAAUUCACAUUGCUCACCCGUUCUGUAAAAAAAAGUGUCAUACGUACUUAUCGACGAAAGAAAGAAAAACAUGUACAUUUUUAAUCUGCCAAUUUCUGUCACCCUCCUUCUCAUUGUGAUAUUGGUGGCAGAAUCAGCUCUGCCCCCAAAAAGUAGAGAGUCGUUUAAACAAGAAAAAUCGCCCGUGAGACUUGACGAUGUCUUGAGAAACACUCUUGGGGCUUCAGGGUUUGGAGGCUUGUGGAUUCCUGGAUCAAAUGACACGCUAAGAGUGAUUUCCGGCAGUGAUGUGUGGGAAUACAAUGUAGCUCAAAAAAGUAAUAGAACGGUGGUGGAACGAACAGUUUUUGAAGAAAGAUUUGGCAAUCAAGGUCUGGGGUUAUCGUUCUCUGCCGAUAAUGAGUAUAUUUUAGUGGAGCAUAGUCGGAGAAGUCUCUGGCGUCACUCAUAUCUAGCCAAGUAUGAUAUUUAUCAUAUUAGCAGCGGGGAUUUUACAAUUCUACAGCCAAAAGGGUUUGAGACAAAACCACAAGAAGAACUGCAGCUUGUCAAAUGGUCUCCAACAUUACACUCGCUUGUGUUCAUUUACAUGAAUAACAUUUACUAUAAGAGCAGCCACGGCCAAUCUGAUACUUCCGAGCAAAUUACCAGCGAUGGAAAUGAUGCUGUUUUUAAUGGAAUUUCAGACUGGGUUUAUGAAGAGGAAAUGUUCGGAAGUCCUGUUGCCCUCUGGUUCUCGACAGACAGCAGCAACCUGGCCUUCGUCAAAUUUAACGAUUCCCAGGUAGAAUUUUACCAGUGGCCACUUUACGGCGAACCAGGCGUGAGAGAAACGGCGUAUCCUGCAUAUGAGCCUUUGCGAUACCCGAAGGCUGGCAGGGAUAAUCCUGUCGUGUCACUUCAUAUCGUGAAAUUGAACAAUCCAACAAGUCACACACAAAUUGUGUAUCCUGUUGAUCAGGACAAAAGUUUGCAAUAUUAUAUUGCUGCCGUAACAUUUGCCACUCCAAAUAAUUUAAUUCUCCAAACCAUGAAUCGUCACCAAAGUCAGUCUGUUUGGAAUUAUUGUAAUUGCCAAGACUCGAGAUGUGUAGAGAUUUAUAAUUACUCCCAAAAAAAUGGAUGGAUUGAUGCACAUACUCCAACAAUAAGUUCCAAUGGUUCCAUUUUCCUUACAAUACAACCUGUUGCUCAAGGCAGUGGUGCCACCGGUAAAUCUUACAACCACAUUGUGGCCGUGUCUACGUCCAAUCGCAAUAACCAUGUUCGGACUGUUUCGUCUGGUGAAUUCAAUGUCGACUCGAUUCUGGGAUGGGAUGAGGCAAAUAAUAAAAUCUACUUUGUAGGUUCCGGAAUGCACGCCAACGCCAGUGAGCGCCAUGUAUACUCGGUUAACGCUGAAGGGGCAAACUCUUCUCCAGUUUGUAUUAGCUGUGCCUUGAAAACCGAAGAAAAUGAAAAUUGCAGAUCUCAUUCGUUUUCAUUUAGUGCAAAUUAUCAACUAUAUCAGCACUCUUGUAGAGGUCCCGGAGUUCCAGAAAUCACGACAAAGUGGAGAUCCAACGAUAGUGUUGCUCACAUUUGGAUGACAAAUUCUGCCCUUCGUGAACGACUCGAGACUAAAUUGCUGCCCACCACAAAAGACGUGGAAGUCGAUAUUGCUGACGGGCUAUUCAAGGCUAAAGUUAGAUUAUACUUGCCACCAAAUUUUGACGAAAGUAAAAAAUAUCCGCUCCUGAUUGACGUAUAUGCGGGCCCAGAUUCCCAGAAAAUUUCUGAGGAUUUUAAGGUAGACUGGGGAACUUAUCUUGCGAGCUCACAGGGAAUUAUUUACGGUUCAAUUGACGCACGUGGAUCGGGAAGACAGUCUACUGACCUGAAAUUCGCCGUUUAUAGAAAUCUCGGCUCGGUUGAGGUUGAGGACCAAAUAUUUGUCACAAAGCACCUGGUGAACACACUUUCCUACAUUGAUGCCAACAAGACUGCGAUUUGGGGUUGGUCUUAUGGAGGAUAUGUCACCGCGAUGGUCCUCGGAAAGGACUAUGAAAAUAUUUUCAAGUGUGGAGUUUCAGUGGCACCAGUUUCUAGUUGGUUGUAUUACGACACGAUAUACACGGAAAGAUACAUGGGACUACCUACAGAUGACGACAACUGGCUAGGGUACAACUCUUCCUCCGUAAUGAACAAUUUGGGCAACAUCAAAACGAAGCAAUUUCUUCUCAUUCAUGGAAAUGCGGACGAUAAUGUCCACUAUCAACAUUCAAUGAUGCUCGCAAGAGCAAUGGAGCAGGCAGAUAUUAUGUUUAAUCAAUUGAGCUACCCAGAGGAGAAUCAUGGCAUAAAUGGACCUGGGAUGAGACGGCACCUCUAUCAUUCCAUUGAAAAAUUCUUGAAUUCAAGAGAGUGCUUUGGGAACAGAUCUCCUGAUAGCAAAAGCCAUGGAUCAACCUUUAGACUCGACAGCUUUAGUUUAUUAUUUACCUCAGUUUCUGUGAUAUUUUCUUGCUACAAAAAGUUAUAAUUUUGCCAUAUAUAAUAUGUUAUGCUAGUCAAGAUGUUUGUACUUAAGUUUUCAUAAGUAAUAAAUCGCAACAAUAAAUACAAAAACCUGAUGCAACUGU